AUUACAUUGGACUGUAGGGUGGUGCUCAUGGUUUCCAGCUCUGGACUGUUUGUCUGACAGUCAAAGGUAGCCAGCCUCUGUUGCUGCUAGCUAAAUGAAAGAUGCUCUGUAGUAUUUAGGCGUUUUCUUUUUCUUUUCUUUUCUUUUUUUUAUUUAUCUUAAGCCAAGUCUCUUCUGACAGCCCCUCGCAUGCCAAAGGGAUUUAUAUUGCCUCCUUUAUGCAGGCCAAAGAGAAGCCAGCGGCUUUCCUGAUUCUCCAAGCCCCGGUGGAGGCUCCCUCCAACCUUGAAGCGCAUCCGUUCGCCUAGUCCAUUUAAACCCGGAAUCGCAGCGCCCCCUUGUGGCUCCCAUCAAUCAUGACAGGGGUUUGUGGAUGCUGCGGGGCCCUCAGACCUCGAUACAAAAGGCUGGUGGACAAUAUCUUCCCAGAAGAUCCAGAGGAUGGGUUAGUAAAGUCCAACAUGGAGAAGCUGACGUUUUACGCCUUGUCAGCUCCAGAGAAGCUGGACCGCAUCGGCGCCUAUCUCUCCGAGAGACUGUCGAGAGACGUGGCUCGCCACAGAUACGGAUAUGUGUGCAUCGCCAUGGAGGCUCUGGACCAGCUGCUGAUGGCCUGCCACUGCCAGAGCAUCAACCUGUUUGUGGAGAGCUUUCUAAAGAUGGUGCGCAAGCUGCUGGAGUCUGACAAACCCAGCCUGCAGAUCUUAGGAACCAACUCGUUUGUAAAGUUUGCAAAUAUCGAGGAGGACACGCCCUCGUACCACCGCAGUUACGACUUCUUUGUGUCGCGCUUCAGUGAGAUGUGCCAUUCAAGCUACGAAGACCCUGAUAUCCGCACCAACAUCCGCAUGGCCGGCAUCAGGGGUCUGCAAGGUGUGGUGAGGAAGACGGUGAACGAUGAGCUGCAGGCCAACAUCUGGGAUCCUCAGCACAUGGACAAGAUCGUCCCCUCUCUGCUGUUCAACCUGCAGAGUGAAGAAGGAACCGAGAGCCGCUCUCCCUCUCCGCUGCAGGCAUCAGAGAAGGAGAAGGAAAGCCCGGUGGAGCUGACGGAGCGCUGCUUCAGGGAGCUGCUGGGAAGAGCCGCCUUCGGCAACAUCAAGAGCGCCGUCACGCCGGUCCUGAUGCACUUGGAUAACCACUCUCUAUGGGAGGGGAAGAGCUUCGCAGUGCGUUGCUUCAAAAUCAUCAUGUACUCCAUCCAGUCGCAGCACUCUCACCUGGUAAUCCAGCAGCUCCUCGGCCACCUGGACGCAAACAGCAAGAACUCCGCCACCGUUCGGGCUGGAAUAGUCGAGGUUCUGCUGGAGGCAGCUGCCAUUGCUGCCAGCGGCUCUGUAGGUCCAACAGUGUUGGAGGUUUUCAACACUUUGCUGAAGCAGCUCCGCCUGAGUGUGGAUUACGAGUUGACGGGAUCGUACGACGGCAGCACAAACAUCGGGACUAAGAUCAUCAAAGCUCACGAGGAGAGGCAGCUGCAGGAAGCUGUCAUCCGUACCAUCGGCUCUUUUGCCAACACCUUACCCACCUACCAGAGAUCAGAAGUGAUGCUUUUCAUAAUGGGGAAGAUUCCUGUCCCUGGAGUUUCUCUAACUCUACCCUCCUCAGACUCGGGACCUGAGGUCACAAGAAUGAUUCAGAUCAUGCUGCUGAAGUCUUUAGUUCAGGUGACAGCCGGGUUCCAGACCACAAACAUGCUCACGGCGCUGCCCAGCUCCUUCCUGGAGCCGCUGCUGUCCUUCUCCCUGACAGAAGACCCCGAGAUCCGACUGCUGGUGCUGGAAAUCCUCCUCAGCCUAAUCGACAGGCACGAGAACAGACCCAAGUUCUCCAAAAUCAGCAUCGUCUCCGACAUCUCUGUGCUCAAGCUGAAAGUGGACAAGUGCUCCAGACAGGACAACUUAUUUAUGAAAAAGCAUGGACAGCAGCUGUACCGACACAUCUACCUGAACUGUAAGGAGGAGAGCAGCGCUAAGGAGCACUACGAGACCCUCUUUGCACUUUUAGGCCUUCUCAGCGUGGAGCUGGCCAACGAGGAAGUGGUGGUGGACCUCAUCCGCUUGGCCCUGGCGUUGCAGGAUCUGGCUCUGUCUACCGAUGAAGCUCUGCCCACUUAUAACCGCUGCGCCGUCCAUGCCCUCGCUGCUGCCUACCUCAAUCUCAUCUGCCAGCUCACCACAGUUCCAGCCUUCUGCCAGCACAUACAUGAGGUAAUUGAGGUUAGACGAAAAGAAAAACCCCACCUUCUGCCGGAAGAUGUCUUCGUUCAGAAACCCAAGCUGCCUUCUUCUCUGGAUAAGGUGGAUGGGGAUGUCUUAUUCCUCCAGUCAAAGAUUACCGAAGUCCUUGGAGGAAGUGGUUAUAAUACAGAGAGGCUGGCAACACCUUAUGUCCCCCAGUACACAGAUGAGGACCGGCUUUCGAAGAGGAAGAGCAUCGGAGAGACCAUCUCGAUCCAGAUGGAUGUAGAGUCUCGAAACAGUCCAGAGAAAAAGGAGAGGACACCAGCUGAAGAGAUCACAUUUGAAACACUGAAAAAUGCCAUCGUGGACAGUGUCGGUAUGGAAGAGCAGGAAAGAGAGCGGAGACGACAAGUCGUCGAGAAGUUCCAAAAAGCACCUUUUGAGGAAAUAGCUGCCCACUGUGGUGCCAGGGCCACAAUGCUGCAGAGCAAACUGAAUCAGAUCUUUGAGAUCACAAUCAGGCCUCCUCCCAGCCCUUCUGGAACCAUAUCGUCAGGUUAUGGCCAAACCCAGAGUCGAUCUGUUCCCAUUUAUGAGAUGAAGUUUCCUGACCUUUGCGUGUACUGAGCCACAAACUCUGCGGCGGCGUGACAAAACGGAUUAACCUUUGAGUGCAGGGAAGGGGAUCCGUGGAACCGAUCUUCACUGUAAAGUCCUCUUGACUGUGGAAUCUAACGUUAAAUACAUUUUUGGGGAAAA